AUGGAUAAUCGUAAGCCGCUGUCUAAGUGUUGUGAAUGGUCAUGGGAGCAAAAAGUUUACGUCAUCUUCAUGCACAUACUCAUCGUGUCGUGCAGUCUUGCAGCAUGCUUGUUCAUAACACACAACGAUAUCCCCAUGCGUGCAGCCCAAAAGUUUGAGGGAUUUGUUAUUUUGUCUUUCUACAUCAGUUUCGCUCUUCUAGGACUCGGAGGACCUGAUUCGUCGUCGGAGUAUGAUAACCCGCUUCAGAUUAUUUAG